CAGUUCAUCUGUCAUACGUGAAAUGACAGGAUGAUUUUUAUUUAAAAUUUAUUUAAUAAAAAAAAAUUUAUAUAUAAUUAAUAUUCUAAAAAAAAUUAUUUAAAUUUAUUUAUUUAAAAAAAAAAUAAUUUAUAUUUAAUAUUUAAAAACAAAAAAGAAGAAGAAGAAAAUGACAAAAAAAUUCGAAUACAAUUGGCAAAUUGAAACGCCUGAAUUUAUGAGAAAAGGAUGUAUUUUUGACAGAUGGUACGAGGACAAAGAUAACACUGAAUUUGAAGCCGAUUGUUUAUUUAAAGUCGAUGAAUAUGGUUUUUUUAUUUAUUGGAAAAGUGAAGGAAAGGAGGGUGAUGUUAUUGAAUUGGCUCAAGUCUGUGAUAUAAGAUACGGUGGAACACCAAAGGAUCAAAAAUUAAUGAAUAAAUGUAGUAAACAUGGAACAUUGGAGCAAUUGGAUGAAAAAAGUUUGACAAUAUGUUCUGGAGUUGAUUAUACAAAUAUUAUUUAUAAUCAUGUGGUUUGUCCCGAUGCACAAACUGCGAAGGAUUGGCAAGCGGGAUUACGAAAAGUUACACACAAUACAAAAGCAAGUAAUGUUUGUCCCACAACGCAAUUAAUGAAACAUUGGAUGAAAUUGUCAUUCCAAGUGGAUGCAAAGGGAAAAGUUCCAGUGAAAGUGAUAACAAAAACAUUUGCAUCGGGAAAAACGGAAAAAUUAAUUUAUCAAGGAUUACAAGAAUUGGGCCUUCCAAAUGGAAAAAAUGAUAAAAUUGAAAAGGAAGCAUUUGUUUUCGAAAAAUUUAAGGCUCUUUAUUUUAAAGUUUGUCCUCGAAAUGAUAUCGAGGAAUUGUUUCAAUCCAUAACAAAGGGCAAAGCAGAAUUUAUUAAUUUACAACAAUUUGUAACAUUUAUGAAUGAAAAACAAAGAGAUCCGAGACUCAAUGAAAUUUUAUAUCCACUUUACACUGAGAAGAGAUGUACGGAAAUAAUUAAUGACUACGAGCCAGACGAUAAAUUAAAAUCAGAACAAAAAAUUAGCAAAGACGGUUUCAUAAAAUAUUUAAUGUCCGACGAGAAUGCUCCGGUAUUUUUGGAAAAAUUAGACGAAUGGAUGGACAUGGAUCAGCCACUUUGUCAUUAUUAUAUUAAUUCAAGUCACAAUACUUAUCUUAGUGGAAAACAAAUUGGCGCAAAAAGUACAGUCGAAAUGUACAGACAAGUUCUUCUCGCUGGUUGCAGAUGCGUGGAAUUGGAUUGUUGGGAUGGUAAAACACCAGACGAUGAACCAAUAAUAACACAUGGAAAAGCAAUGUGCACUGAUAUUUUAUUUAAAGAUGUUAUUUAUGCAUUGAGAGACACUUGCUUUGUGACAUCUGAUUAUCCAGUUAUUUUAAGUAUUGAAAAUCAUUGCUCAUUAAAAAAUCAAUAUCGACUCGCUAAAUAUUUUGAUGAUAUUUUGGGCGAUUUAUUGCUCAAGGAGCCACUCAAAGAUUAUCCAUUGGAGCCAGGACAACCGCUACCGCCACCAAGUGCAUUGAAACGAAAAAUUCUAAUAAAAAACAAAAGAUUAAAACCGGAAGUGGAAAAAGUUGAAUUGGAACUUUUUCGCUCGGGACAAUUUGAAGCUAAAGAUGAAGUUGUUGAGGAUCCAAAUGCACCGGCACCACCACCACAAGAACCACCACCAGAACCUGCUCCUGGAGCUCCUGGAGAAGCUCCACCGGAAGGAGCUGAAAAUGCACCGGUACACACAGGAAGUACAAUGGCUUGUCAUCCUUGGCUCUCGUCAAUGAUUAAUUACGCUCAACCAAUUAAAUUUCAAAGUUUCGAUACUGCAUUGAAGAAAAAUAUUCAUCACAAUAUGUCAUCAUUUUCGGAGACAGCGGCUUUGAAUUAUUUAAAAACAUCUGGAGUUGAAUUUGUCAAUUAUAAUAAACGACAAAUGAGUCGAAUUUAUCCCAAGGGAACAAGAGUUGAUUCUUCGAAUUAUAUGCCUCAGGUUUUUUGGAAUGCUGGUUGCCAAAUGGUUGCGCUAAAUUUUCAAACGCCAGAUUUACCAAUGCAAUUGAAUCAGGGAAAAUUUGAAUUUAAUAAUACAACUGGAUAUUUAUUGAAGCCGGAAUUUAUGAGAAGAACUGACAAAUCUUUUGAUCCCUUCUCUGAAGAUGUCGAUGGUGUCAUCACGGCGACUUGUUCUGUUCGAGUAAUUGCGGGACAAUUUUUAUCCGAUAAAAAAGUUGGAACCUAUGUGGAAGUUGAUAUGUAUGGUUUGCCAGCCGAUACAAUAAAAAAAGAAUUUCGAACACGUCUUGUUGGUGGCAAUGGAUUGAAUCCAGUUUAUAAUGAGGAACCAUUUGUUUUUCGAAAAGUUGUACUUCCCGAUUUGGCGGUGCUUCGUUUUGGUGUUUAUGAAGAAAGUGGAAAAUUACUUGGACAAAGAAUUUUACCAUUGGACGGUUUACAAGCUGGCUAUCGUCAUAUUUCAUUGAAAACUGAGGCCAAUUUUCCAAUGGCAUUGCCAAUGUUAUUUUGUAAUAUUGAACUUUCAAUUUAUGUUCCCGAUGGUUUUGGAGAUUUUAUGGCAAUGCUUUCUGAUCCGGGAGCUUUUACGAAAGGGGCUGAAAAACAAGAUGCAGCAAUGAAGGGAAUGGGAAUUGAAAAAACUGACGCAAAAACAGAAGAAAAGAAGAAAAAAGAAGAGGAAGCUAAAGCCAAGGAAUUUAAAAUUGAACCAAUCACACCUGAGACAUUAAGAAGAGAAAAACAAUUUAAAUUGGGAAAGAAGCACAAUAAAGAUAUGGAUACUUUGAAGAAAAAACACGCCAAGGAGAGGCAAGCGAUGCAAAAAAAUCAUAUUGCCGCCAUUGAAAGAAUAUCCAAGGGAAAAGAUAAAAAUUCAUUAAUAAACGACGGUAGCGUGAAACAAAUGGCAAUUGAACAAACAACAGAAUGGACGACAAUGGUGGAAAAACAAAGAAAAGUUGAAUGGGAACUUCAUCAGCAACAAGUAAUUGCGAGUCGCGAGGAAAUGAAGAGAUUAAUUGAAAUUGUUCAAAUUAAUCAAACCAAACAAUUGCAAGCAAAACAUGACAAGGACAUUAAGGACAUGAAUACGGCUCAAGUAAAGGCUUCGGUUGAAACAGCAAAAGAAGUGAUGAAUGAUAAGGCAUUGAAAACAAAAGGUGAAAAAGAUCGAAGACUUCGUGAGAAGAAGCAAGCGAACACAAAGAAAUUUCUCGAUGAAAGGAAAAAUGUUACAAUAAAACAGGGACGAGAAAAGGAAAAAUUAAAAGUAACACACGAAAAACAAGUUGUUGAACUCGAUAAAAUGAUUGACGAUACAAUCGAAAAAUACAAGAACGAAUUAAUUCAAUCGGAAAUAGUAUCGAAAACGGAAUUUUAUGUCUAAAAAAAAAAAAAAAUAAGUAAAAUAAUAAUUUAUAUAAUUAAUAUUUCAAAAUAAUACAAAAAAAAAAAAAAAAUUUCUUUUUUCAUGAAAAAAAAAAUUCCUACUUUGUAUCUUUAUAUUAUAUAUAUUUUAAGAUACAAUUUUAAAAAUAAUUUCCCUUUUUUUUUGCAAUUAUAUAUUUACAAAUAUAUUUACAAAAAAAUA